AUGAAGUACAAGGAGUCCCUACUACGCAUGGCCUGGACUCCAAGGAAUGUCUUAAGUACAUAUAGGGCCGAUCUAUUCAAGCGAAAAUUCCUUGAUUCCUUCGCAUUUCAUCCUCCGAAUCAUUGUUCAACCAUCACCUCCCACCCCCUCGCCCACAAGGGCCAACACAAUGGCAGCUUCCUCCCGCCCCUGGCCAUCCCAGGCCAAUGCUUGGGCUCCGUUGAUAAUUAUGGCGCCGGGCCCGGCACCCACAUCCAACAAUCCAACAUCUACGCCUCCAUCGCCGGCCCUGUCGUGCUCGAUCCUGCACAGCCCAAGGCUCAAACGAAGGGAAUCAUCCGCAUCACACGAACUCUUUUGCCUUCGAAACAAACUGCACCAAUUGCCGGAGGUGCCCACGCCGCCUCGGCAAAGUCAAAGCCUCGAUACAACACCCUGCCCGCAGUCGAGUCGAUCGUUUUAGCGCGAGUGACUCGUGUGCAGAAGCGCCAGGCUACUGUCUCUAUCCUGGUCGUGUUAGACGAUACCAACACACCUAGUGCCGACCCAUCAAAGACCGCAUCAGACAACGACAACGUCGCCGCUAUCCUCUCAUCGGCCGCGAACCCCGAGAACCACAGCAGUACCGACGAACUCCGUUUCCAAGCGCAAAUCCGCAAGGAGGAUGUCCGCGCUGUUGAAAAGGACCGCGUCAUCAUGGACGAGAUGUUCCGUGUUGGAGAUAUCGUCCGUGGUUCCGUCAUUUCCCUCGGUGAUCAGAGCUUCUACUACCUCACCACCGCCCGCAACGAUCUCGGCGUUGUGAUGGCCCGUAGCGAGGCCGGAAAUAUGAUGUUCCCUGUUAGCUGGAAUCAGAUGCGCGAUCCUUACACUGGUGUUGCCGAGCAACGAAAGGUCGCUCGGCCGAACUGA